UCAUUCGAUACAUACAUUGACCUGGUGACGUUGCUGUACACGCUGUAUACUGAUCUGUCAGCAUUACAAUUAUAAACCAUAAACGGAUGGAACAAUUAUAGUUUAUCUGUACUUUGUCUAUAAGCGAUGCCUUGGAGUGAUGCAAUUCAAUUCCUAUUUAUUCAGCAGAAUUGAUUGAGUUCAAGAUUAACUAUAAUUAAAAUUGAUUACGUUAUGGAAUAUGGUUUUAUACUUAACAGAACGUGUUCUAAAUAUAAAUAUGGUACAUUGUAAUUGUUUUACACGGACAUUACCCCUGAGGCAAAUUUGAUGACAUGUUGGACAACACUUCUAUUUUAAAGUAACAUUUAAUUUUCCUUCUAACAGUGACAUACUCCUCUGGGGCUAACUUUACCAGUAAAACACAUCUAUUGGUUUAACACCGAUUUGCAAUUAUAGAUCGCAGACUUUUAAUAAGCAAAAAGUAAAUAUUUUGACAGAAAAUGAUGUAAAAAGUGGAAGUGCAUAAUGUCGUUUUUACCUGGAGGUCAAAGGGUAUCUACCAUGAAAAGACACAGUCUUGCAAAUAUUGCGGAUGCGUGGAAAGGAUACACAGUUGGUGGGAGACGUGGAUCCACCUUAAGUACGAUACGCAUGUCUGCCGGAAAUGCACUUGAUUGUGCUGCCAGACACGAGUCUUUAGAAUGCAUUCAGAUCGCCAUUAUACAGAUGUUCCAAAAGAAGAAGUUACAGGAAGGCGAACUUUAUACAUUACAAGAACAUGUCAGAGAGCUUGUGAAGACUGAAGCUGGUCCAUUGAUUUAUGAUUAUUUCAAGGAUAAAUUGUUGAAGAAAGGAAUGGUUAUCUUACGUGAAUAUAUGAAAAACGAUUUAGGUUCCAUUCUUUUGAAGAAAAUAAGUGACCAAUGGAAUUACUUUUACACAGAAAUAUUACCAACGAUACAAGCAAUGUUGUACCAACUUCCGGUGAAAGUUGGCGAUAAAUCAGUUCGACAAGUGACACUACUUAGUUUUCGUGAUAUUGUUGUAUUGAAAGUAGGGACAGAAGAAACAAUGUCGUCACUUCCGGAUGAUGAUAUAACACCAGACGUAAGACAGAUGCUCUUAGUUCUACAGAGUGUUCACGAUGGGUAUCCACCAAGUGAAAACCAUCUGAGAAUUGAAAAGUUAGUGGCAAGAUGUGUAAGCCCAUACUUAGGGUUCUUUGGAUUGUAUGAAGGAUCUCCUGUGCCAACAACAGAAGUCUCAAUCAGACCAACAACCAAUCUAAAACUUCUAGAAAAACCAGAAGCCUAUGAAUUUGAAGUUAAACAACAAUCUAUAGCUAGACCACGAUCUGUGCAAUUGAUAUCUCCGCGUUCUUCACAUCGACCUGGUAAUGGUUUUGUAUUAAAUCAUCUAUUGGCACCAGUAAAGGAACAGGAAACAGGGCGACGACACAGCAUCGACGUCUAUGACAAGCUAAACAAAUGAACAAACAUAUAAAGGAGAUCGAUAAGAAAUCCAAAAACAUUCAACACGCACAAAGUCGAAAGAAAUCCAUAACUUACUGGAAUGGGAAAAAUGCUGACAUCCAUGGACCAGUGACACGCCGAUAAGAAAUACGGAGACCCUAGACACCGAUAGUACAUUAAGUCUACUAAAAUUAUGUAUUGCCGAUAGAGCUAAUUUGUAUAUCGCCGGUGGAAAUGGCUGUGUGUCAAGUUCUAGAAAAUAAAAAUGAAAAAAUGAAA